AUGGUCCAGAAAAUUGCGAGAGUCGUGACAAUGGUUUUGAUGUGUGAAGUCGGUGAAUGCAAAGUCGAAGAAACAGGGACGAACCGACAUGUUUGCAGCAUCAUGUUCAUGGUAGCAGUCACAUGUGGAAUGGUUGUGUUCAUGUGUGCAUCCACAGCAUUUCGGCUUAAAGCUUUUGCGAAAGCGACGCUUGGACCGAAGUCCAAAGCUAGUGGAGAAAUGGACAAGGUUGAAGAAAUGGAAAAGGAAGAGAAGCCGAUUGCAGAAGAAGAGUUGGAGAAAGAAAAGGAAGAGAAGCCGACUGCCGAAGAAGAAGAAGAAGUGGAAAUGGAAGAAGAAUCAGCUCAGGGAGAAGGAGAGAGCCACCAGCAAGAAGGUGCAAAGAAGCGAAGGAAGAUGGCCUUGGAAAGGAUUCAGCAGAAGAUCGAAAAAGGUGGCGAGAAAGAAAAAGUUGAGGAAGAUGAAGGCGAGGAAGAAGAAGAACAGGCUGAAGAUGAGCCAAUGGUCGUGAGCGACGAAGCAGGUUCAGAUGAGUCGAGCUCAAGCAGCAGCUCAUCGUCAACCGAAGAGGAGUCAGUCGAGAAGCCAAGCGAUGAAAAGAAGGGUCCGGUCGAGAAGGAAGAAGAUCCUGGAGAACUGAUAAAGAAGAUCAUCGCCAUGGGUCGAGAACUGUUGCAAGAGAUCAAGAAGAGCAUCAAAGAGUCGAUUUCAAAUUCCCUGAGGAAAGUGCUAUUAUGGCUGGAGAAAAAUCUCAGGGCAGCGCAGACUCUCGAAGAAGUUGAAGCAGGCGCUGAGGAAAUCGACAAGGAACAUGCUGAAAUCGAGCAAACCCUUGGACAAAUGGAAAAGGAGGUCGAACUAGGACGCCAGAAGUUUGAGAAGCGCAAACAAGGAAGAAAAAAAGCGGUAGAGCUCAUCGAGAAGUUCGAAAAGGAACUGGGAGAGCUGGCCGCUCGAGAGGAACUUCUCACCGAAACGAUGGACGAAGCAAAAAUCGGACUGGCAAAGCUGAUAAGCGUGAAAGGCUUUUAUGCCGAAGUCGAAGAAGGACUGUGGAAAUUUGAAAAGGCCAAGCGAAAGGCAGCCGAACUUGGAGCACAGCUUGGAGAGAGGAUGAAGAGAGCCAAGUCAAAGGCAAUGCCGAAGAAGAAAGUUGAGCCGAAAGUGAAGGCAAUGCCAAAGGUUGCACCGGAUGUGAUCAAGAACAAGAAGACGGAAAAGGGUGCCAAGGAAGACCAACCUGAGGAGAAGAAAGCCAAGUGGAAAUCCUUGGAUGCAAAGUCGGAAAGCAAAGGAGCACACGAGCAAAUAAAAGGACGGACGAAGAAAAUGAAAGCCGACUUGAGCAAGACGUAUUGGCAAUGCUGA